CAUCUACCUGCUGCCCACUCCUCUCCCACGUCGUGAUUGGCCGUCUUGGCAGAAAUCCUCUUGAAUGAUUUCAAACCGGAGUGUGUGGACACGCAGGAGGAGGAGGAGGGGGUCUACCGCUAAUUCCGAGCUGGCAGAGUGGAAGGGCUCAAAUCCUCCGUCCGCCAACACACCACCUCAGCAAAGCGGCUUAUCCGAGGAGCAUUGUUGACGGUAAAACGCGUUCAGGAGUGCACCGCCGGUAAAAACAAAAGUGGGCUUUUAGAGGUGUCGUGUUUACGCGAAUUAUCGCCUUUUAAGUCAAAUUUGCCUUUAGUUAAUAUUAAAAUACCAAUUUGUUGCGUUUUCUGUUUACCUUCCUUUGAAUGGAGCGAUGUCCAGCGGAGACGGCGCACAUUGCGAUGGGACGCGGUAUGUUGUGCUGACAGGACUCGGCUCCGGGGACCAGGACCUGAUUGAAAAUAACUGGUAAUCGAUUAAAAACCAUGUGUUGUCGUUUAUGACGGAAUGUGAGUAUCAGCAGAUUCAUAAAGGAUUUUCCUUUAAAAGAUUAGUGAGGGCAUUCAGUUCAUGCACGGGUUGCCAUAGCAUCACAUUAAUAUUUUCCUUUUCAUGAUCCUGCUGAAGAGGAGGGCAUAACGAUUUUUUCACAUUUUGGACAAUGUAUUCCUUUUUUAACACAAUUCCGCAACUGAGGCUUGGUUAAAUGACUUUUGACAGUUAAUUUCAAGUCACCGUUUAAACGAACUGAGACUCACAGCCAAGACAGCCAUGGCUAAAAAUCCGUCCGAGGGACCGAAGGAUGAACUGAGCCGGCUGACGGACGAGGAUCUGCUGCGGUGCAGCAAAGAGGAGUUGGUCCGGAGAUUAAGGAGGGCUGACAGCGAGAAAAUGAACUUGAUGAUCGACCAUGGCAACAUGAUGAAAGACAUCAAUCGGCGGCUGCAGGUGCACCUGCACGAAAUCCGGAGUCUGAAGGAGAUCAACCAGAAGCUGCAGGACGACAACCAUGAGCUCCGGGAGCUCUGCUGCUUCCUGGACGAUGACCGGCAGAAGGGCAAGAAGCUGUCCCGAGAGUGGCAGCGCUUUGGCCGGUACACUGCCAGUGCCAUGUGGAAGGAGGUGGGUACCUACAUGAUGAAGCUGAAGGAGCUAGAGGCCAACCAGGACACCGUGCUGAGGGAGAACUCUGAGCUGAAGGAGAUCAUCCUCAUGCUGGAUGAGGAGAGGAACGGAGCAGGGUCCAGGAGCUCCAUAGACAGUCAGUCCAGUUUAACCAACCUGAACGGUGGCACCGGCACCAUCAGGGAUGUUGGAGACGGGAGUAGCACGUCCAGCACUGGUAGUGCUGGUAGCCCCGACCACCACAAUCACAACCACAUACACAAGCCCACCUCAGAGAACAGUAAGAUAGGCCCCACCAUGAGGAGGUCCAUGGAUGACCUGUCAGCACCGCACCAUCACAGGAGCAUCCCCAAUGGACUUAAUGAUUCCUCCUCCAGCUACAUCAGGCAGCUGGAGACUAAAGUGCGGAUCCUGGAGGACGAUAACAGCAAGCUUCUCUCACAGGCUUAUAGCCGGUAUAGUUUAUCACAGAUACAGACGAAAAAGCAGUGUAACCCAGGUGACCUUCGGGCCCUGAGGAAGGGAAUGACCCUCUACCACUCAGAGUCCCAGCUGUCCUCCCUGCCCCAGCGCCAGGAAGCCAUGCACAUGGGUACUGGCCGUCUCCCAACCAGCGAGUCCUCUCCUGCCACAGGCUACCUGUCCUGCGUCCAGAAGCCUGAGGCUGUGGUGCAUGCCAUGAAGGUGCUGGAGGUCCACGAGAACUUGGACAAGCAGGUUCCUGAGGACUAUGAGGACGAUCUCAGUGAGAAAGAGAAGGCCAUUGUACGAGAGAUGUGCAACGUGGUGUGGAGAAAGCUGGGUGAUGCAGCAGGAUCAAAGCUGUCCGUCAGACAGCACCUCUCUGGGAACCAGUUCAAAGGGCCGCUGUAGCAUGGCAACUAGAGAGAGAGAGAGAGAUCAGGAUUUACAGUACCUACACUCACCUGAAAACACCUCUUACUACCUGCGCCUACACAACCCAUAAUGCCAUGCUCCCUACUGCCUACAGCACCCAGCAUUCCUUCAACACUCUCUUAAGACUGGCUAAGAUAGCUACUAAAUGGACCUGGUAGUCUGUUAUUCACAUGUACAAACAUGUUUUUAUCUCAGAGCUUAUGAAGCGUUGACAACUGGCAGCUAGUUUCACUGAUUCGCCACUUUUCUUCGUUGAUUUGGAGGAUUCCAGCUACACAUUUAUCUCUCUCUGUAAAAGCUAUAAACACACACCACUUUUAGUCCUUUAGAGCAUAGCUGUGCUACACUAAGCUAGCGAUAUGACAUGGUUUCAAGCACAGACCUGAUGAGGCCGCAGGAGCAGAAAUCUCUUCCCAUGUUGCGGGGAUGUAAAGGCAACAUCGUGGCGGUAUCUUCAGAUAAGUUUUGAUAGUACUUCCUGUAGAGACCCUAGCUCAUGUCAUAUGUAUUGCCCCCUAGUGGUCAACGAGUAUAACUAGCAUUAGCAUUCUAAAGUGUUAACUAAUGUGAAACCCACUGUGACCUAGCGCCUUUUGCUCAUAAGACAAGUCUAUGGAUUAUAAAGUCUAGAGAUCACUGUUAACUUGUGUAUAUUAUGUAUAAAACCAUAGCACUACUUCAUUGUUAUUGCUGAUUUUACUUUUAUCUAUAUUUUGUAUUCUAGCGUGGCCAUGUGAUCAAUUAUUUCGUUUGAAAAGCACACACAACUGGACCUUUUAAACAGGGUUUGCUUUUGGAAAAAAAAAUGUAAUCUUGUUUUUGUUUGUUUUUUAUUCUUUUCCAUAUUAAUUGAUAUUAUUCCUUCUCUCUGUAACCUCUGAAAAUGUAUCAAGGCCAUUCUGAAUCAAACCAUCUCCACAGGCUAAUGGAUAGAUAAUUUUCUUACAUUGUAAACCUAACUACAAUUGUAUGCUGUGUGCAUGCUAGACAAUCAUUUUCUCAGGUUGGGAGGGCUCCAGCUUUACCUUUGCCCAUCUGGUGACAGCGUGUGUGUGUGUUGGCGUGCAUGUGUGUGUGGAAGGAGACUGAAUGGUUCUCUUGCAGCUGUAGCAUCUGCCUGUGAAUCCUCUUUUUCUCUAUUGAACCCUGGUUACAACUCGGUUGAAGACUUCUGAAGGCAUUUGCUGAAUCCAUAAUUAGUAAACAAAUACUAAACCCUAAAGUUCAGUUUGGAUGGCAUUUUUGGAUUGCUCCUAUUUCCUUGUUUAUCAUUUUAUAUCUGAAUAGAUGAAAAAAGUAACUUUUCUUAAGCUCAGCCCUUUUCUGUUGUCAUGGAUUCAGCAGGUGUGUUCAUGUAGCGCAUGUUUCUUAAAGUUGAAUCUUUUUUUCUUAGAAUAUGAGAGAUACCGUAAGUCUUCCCUUAGAUGUCUCCUGAAAACACUUAACAUUUAAAAACGAGUAUUUCUUGAUGUCAGAAUGAACAAACACUGUUUGUCAAAGUAUUUAUUGCCAGGUGUCACAUAGAGAUGGGAGCGCUAUCAGUAACUGAAUAGUCAUAUUUUAAAUUUAUCAGAUUUGUCAAAGUUAUUUGAUAGAUAAGUUUAAUGACUGACAGAUCAGGCUCUCCCAUCUCUAGUGUUAUUUGUUCCAAAUUAGAACAUUUCUGAGGCUGCCCGCCAUGCACCUCUGUUCUCUCAAAUAAUGGGUCAAAAAUAAAUCAAAAUAUGUUUUGUUUUUUUUAAAGUGUCCUUUUUUCUAGGAACUGAUUUGAAGCCAUGAUACAAUUUUGAAUACUUUAUAUAUGGCAUUUGAUUUGAAAUGUGCCACAUUUUUUCUGCAUGGUGUUUUGAUUUGGAACCCAACUGUCUUUUUUAAAAACAUCUAGAGUUUCUUUUUUCUGCCUAUACACUUAAACCACAGUACAGAAUCCUAGAAUCUACAGCGUAAAUGUCAAUUCCUGUAGUAACUAGCAUGGCUGUAAAUUCUUUUCAUGAAUUUCACGAUGAAUAUUUGGCAGGUGAAAAGAAAACUGAACUAGGCCACUUUUAGAAAACUUUGGGAGAAAAUAAACAAAGUUGGUUAAUGAUA